AAAGAGAGCUCUUGAGUUGGUUUUCCCUCUCUUCUUCCCUCCCACCUUCCCCUCCUCCUUCCCCCCGAAGCCAAAGCUUCCCGCUUCCCCACCUCGCCGCCCCGCCGCGGCCGGGCCAAACCCUACCCCGUCCCCGUCCCCGCUCGCCGCACGCCGGCGCGCCAUGGACGGCUCCCCCAGCCUCCCGCUCCCGCUCCCGCGCCCGCGCCCCGCCCACCGGCCCCCGCUCCCGCCGCAGGUCUUCCUCCGAUGCCCCGCGCCGCCGCGGGGCGCCGUCCCCGCCGCGCCGCCGCACGUGCACUACUUCCGCGCCCCGUCGCCCAUCCCCGUGUACUCCCCGCGGCUCCCCGGGCCCCGCUACAUCGCCGCUCGGCCCCCGACGCCGCCCCCUCCCGCGCCCGCUGCUGCCGCCGCGGCGCCCUCGCGGCCGCCCCAGGCCUCCCCCGCGCAGCUGCCGCCUCCGAGACCGCCGCAGCCGGUGUACGAGAACGUCGUGCCGCCGCCCAGGAGGAGAGGGAGGCCCAAGUCCAAGGCGCCGGAAAAUGAGCAGAAAAUUGAAAUAGAAAAUGCCCAGUCUGAAGUUGGGAAGGGAGAGAUUAGUCAAGGGCAUCAUAAGGAGAGUACCACUGGACCAACAAAAGGUAUCAAGCGAGCAAGAAAACCACAUGGAUCAAUUGAAGGAGAUGCAGCAAACAACUGCCGCUAUGACAGUUCACUAGGUCUGCUGACAAAGAAAUUCAUCAACCUGCUUAAAGGAGCAGAAGAUGGAACCCUUGAUUUAAAUAAAGCAGUUGAGAUACUGGAGGUGCAAAAGCGGAGGAUAUAUGAUAUAACAAAUGUCCUAGAAGGUGUAGAUUUAAUUGAAAAGGGCCUGAAGAAUACGAUUCGUUGGAAGGGAUUUGACAUGUUACUGCCUAAGGAGGUGGAGCUCCAAACUUCUGCAUUGAAGGAGGAACUGGACUCAUCACAUGAUGAAGAAUGCAGGUUGGAUGAGGAAAUACGAGAAGCACAAGAGAAACUGCUGGCGCUCAAACUAAAUAAGGACAAAAAAAAGUGGUUGUAUCUUUCCAAGGAAGAUAUUUGUAAGAUUCCUCACUUACAGGGAUCCACUCGUAUUGCAAUACAUGCUCCUCACGGAACCUGUGUUGAGGUUCCAGAUCCUAAUGCGGAUAUGGACAUCUGCAAGGACCUGGAAUCUCAAGAAAAGCAUUACCAGCUUCUCUUGAGAAGUUCAAUGGGUCCCAUUGAUUGCUUUUUGAUAAGUGACCAUCAGGGGGUAUCCGACCCAGAGCAGGUGGCACAAGACAAUUUGGAUCAUGCAUCCACAGCUGGAGGUUCAGAUGCUCCAAGGCCGGUGGAUGAUCAUCCAAGUCAAGCUCCCGAAAAGGGAGAGGGCGACACUGUCGGCAAGCAUACAUCGGAACCAUCCAGUACACAUGAACUGAUGUCUGGCAUUCUGAAAAUCGUACUGCCAGAUACUGAUGCUGAUGCUGAUUACUGGCUCGCAUCUGACGUUGACGCUACCAUGACUGAAACAUGGGCCACUUAGACUUGGUCCGCCACUACGUGGCGAAAUAGCAAUGACUACUCCACAAUGCACAUUCGCAUUGGCGAAGGAACCGGAGCCUGGAUCAGUAGGCCCACCUUCAGCGGGAGUCUUUCACUGGGUAACCGCAGAUUUUCCAUUCCCCCCCGGCGCAUGCUCUGUUCCGGACUUUUGGCUGACUGGCAAAGCAGAGAGAGAGUAUACUGUAGGCAGUAGAUGUUGUACAUUGGCAGGAUGGUUGUAGCUGGUACCUCCUCCUGUGCAUCUAUACAUGGGAUAGGCUCAGCAACUGGGCCGUCCAUUAUACCGGCCUUCCUUAGUGGGACUGUGUGUGUGUAUACCAAGAUAGGAAGGCAACACAGUCCAGAAGAAGGCCAACAUCCACCGGUCGGUGCGUGUUGUGUUGUUAUCUGGUCUUCUCCCCCAUUGAGGAGCGGCAUCGGAUGUAUAUCCUGACUGGCAACCUAGAUUGCUGGUAGCAUAUCAAUAAAGGUCAAUACUUCAUACC